AGCCGGGCCCCCACAACAAUCCGCGCGGGCUCAUCUCCGCCUCUCGACCGGCUCCGGCGAUCCGCCCGCCUCUGCGGCCGCCCGCCACAAAAUAAGAGCGCGUCGGCCGCCCGACGCCGCACCCGCAACGCGAACUCGAGAGAGAUCGACAUGGCCGCCGCCGCCGCCGUCUCCGGCCUCGCCGGCGCCGCCCUCGCCAGCCGGCCGGCAUUCUCCACCAGCUUCGUGCGGGGCGGCCGGGUGUCGGCGAGGAACCCGCUGAUGACGAGGAACCUGGAGAGGAACGGCAGGAUCACCUGCAUGACGUUCCCCCGGGACUGGCUGCGGAGGGACCUGAGCGUGAUCGGCUUCGGGCUCAUCGGGUGGAUCGGCCCCUCCAGCGUCCCGGUCAUCAACGGCAACAGCCUCACGGGGCUCUUCUUCUCCAGCAUCGGCCAGGAGCUCGCCCACUUCCCCACGCCCCCGCCCGUCACCUCCCAGUUCUGGCUGUGGCUGGUGACGUGGCACCUGGGUCUGUUCAUCGUGCUCACCUUCGGCCAGAUCGGCUUCAAGGGCAGGACCGAGGACUACUUCGAGAAGUGAGAAGAAGCAAGCGGCUGAGCUCGAUCUCGAUCUGCUGCCCGCAUUCCAACUUUGCUUUGCAUAGGGCUCUGAUCGAUUUGGCUGAAUUUAUGUGUGGUGCUGCUUUUAUGAUGAGCUCAAUGUACAUCAAUCGCCCCCCCUCCACGCUUGUGUUUAAUUCGAUGGAUCUAGCUGCUAGUAUAUCGUAACUGGGAAAAAUCUUUACGAAUUUAAUUUAUGCGACAGAAAUAAUGAUAGAGAAAUGUUCAGACAAUUCGAA